AUGUCUUCCACUGGCCCCCGUCCAUCCACUGACACCUCUUCCACGUCUAAACCUCUCAUCUCCGAACCGUCAACCUCCUCGUCCAGCUCAUCUAUCUCCUCAGUGCUCAAAUCUCUCUUCAAGAAAUCUGGCGGCACUGCCGAGCAGAAGAAAAAGCCAGUUCCCAAGAGUACCACCCAGGGCAACUUUGGCGGCGAAUUCAGGAUCCAAUAG